CAUACCACACGCACACAACCACCACCACCACCACCGCUGCUGCCGCCGCUGCCGCCGCCACCGCCACCAUCGCCACACACAUACACACACACACACACCCAGUGUGACGGCUGCCAGGCGCAGUGGGAAGCAAGCCGUCAGGGAGAAAGCUUGAGAAGAAAAGAGAGGGAUUGCAGAGGGGGAAGAGAAGAAAAGAGAAGAGAGUUUGGAGGAGGCACCUUGUGGAUCAGGAGGGAUUUUCCUCUGUGUGAGUGCGCGUCUGGAUAAGGCUAUCUGCUCCUUCCUGAGCGUGAGGAGUUUUUAACUGAGGCUUCCCCCCCCCCUUUUUUUUUUUCCCUCCUGCUCAUCCUCCACGCCGGGCUCCAGCGAUAUCUACCUAUCUAUCCCCGGAGCUUAACAAAAGAGGGAGGGAGUGAGAGAGAGAGUGAGAAAAAAGGCAGUCACAGCUUCAGCUCUAGACCACCCUCUCUCCUCCUCCUCCUCCUCCUCGUCCUCCUCCUCUCCUCUCCUCCUCUCUUCUCUACAGCUCCACAUCCAUUUGCGAGUUCAUCGCUGAUUUAACUGUCUUGUGAGGAUAGAGCAGAGGACAGCGUGCGUUCUCCAGGAUACAGCCCGAGCCCCCGGUGGGAUCAGGGUCUCGUCUGGCGUGCGAGAGAGAGAGAGAGUGAGAGAGAGAGAGAGAGGAAGAAGCGAGACAGGGAAACGGAUACACAGGAAGGGGGAAAGAGACGGAGAGAGAGAAGAGUAAGAGACGCCGGAAAGCAAAUUGAGGGGCAUGUUCAGGGCAGCGGAGAAGAAAAAGAGUGAGUCUGGUUUUUAGAGCGGAGAGCGCAAGGAACCGGCAACCGGAUCCCAUCCAUUCCUCCCUCCUCCUCCUCCUCCUCCUCAUCCUCUCUUCUCCCCUCUUCCUUUAACCUCUCUCCGUCCUUCUCUUCAAUCCCCCCCAUUGUUUCCUGCAUACUAUCCUUUCACAUCUUCCUUUCCUCACCCUCCAUCCCCUUUCUCCCCCAGCCUCCUUUUUCUUUUUUUUUUUUCUUUUUUGCCGCCUCUCCGGAUUCUCCCCUUCUCUCUUUCCAGACCCACGGGAAGAAUGGUUUUGUGAGGUCCCCCCCCCACCCCCCCGUGAGCUCCCAGACAAGUAGACAGACUGUAAUCCCAAGUACUAUCUGCCCUUCUGUCCGUCCCUUCCUCCGUGCGCUUUGUCACACACAUACCUCAGUGAGAGGAGAGCGUUCUCUCCCUGCAUCCUCCACUCUUUGGAAACAGUCGUCUGAAGGAUCCAGGCCAGCCCCUCGGAGUGAGCGCACCCCACCUGCGAGCUUCUAUCUCCAGCCACCAGGACCUUCAUUUGGAUUCCAGCUACAUGGGAAAACGUUUGGAGCAGCAGCCAAUGUACCCCCACUACACCUACUACUACCCCCACUAUCUCCAGACCAAGCAGUCCUAUGCUCCUCCCCCUCAGCCCAUGGCUCCGCCCAGCCCCGGCACCACAGGAGGAGGAGGAGGUGGUGGAGGUGGAGGAGGAGGUGGUCAUGGAGGAGGGCUAGUGGAGCAGCUUAGUAAGACCAACCUGUACAUCAGAGGCCUGCCGCCGGCCACCACCGACCAGGACCUCAUCAAACUCUGCCAGCCAUAUGGAAAGAUUGUGUCCACAAAGGCCAUCCUUGACAAGAACACCAAUCAAUGCAAAGGCUACGGCUUUGUGGACUUUGACAGCCCUGCAGCGGCCCAGAAGGCUGUGGCCUCGCUCAAAGCCAGCGGAGUUCAGGCGCAGAUGGCGAAGCAACAGGAGCAGGAUCCCACCAAUCUUUACAUCUCCAACCUGCCGCUGUCCAUGGAUGAGCAGGAGCUGGAGAACAUGCUGAAGCCCUUCGGUCAUGUCAUUUCCACACGGAUACUGAGGGACGCCAAUGGCCUGAGCAGAGGAGUGGGCUUUGCUAGGAUGGAGUCGACGGAGAAGUGCGACGUGGUGAUUCAAAAUUUCAACGGGAAGUUCUUGAAAACCCCUCCAGGCAUGACAGCCCCUGCAGAGCCGUUGCUGUGCAAGUUUGCUGACGGAGGCCAGAAGAAGAGGCAGACCCAGGUCAAGUAUCCCCAGAAUGGCCGACCGUGGACGCGGGAAGGAGAGAGCGGUAUGGCGUUGACAUAUGAUCCCACUGCAAUGCAGAACGGGUUCUACUCCUCGCCGUACAGCAUCUCCACCAAUCGGAUGAUUGCACAGACAUCCAUCACACCCUUCAUCGCUGCCUCUCCAGUCUCUACAUAUCAGGUCCAGAGCACAUCUUGGAUGCCACAUCAACAGUAUGUUAUGCAACCUACGGGUGCAGUGAUCACCCCAGCCGCGGCCAUAGAGCCUAGUUUGUCUCUUCACCCCUCCAGUGUAAUGGCUCCACUUACCCAGCAGAUGAACCACCUGUCCCUGGGCACCACAGGCACAUACAUGCCUGCUGCAGCCGCUGCUCCUAUGCAAGGAACCUACAUUCCCCAGUACACUGCAGUGCCUGCCUCUGCCAUCACAGUGGAAGGCGUGGUGACAGACCCUUCUCCACAGACAGCUGCCCCCUCCUCGCAGGACGCCAGCGGGCAGCAGCCUUUAUCAGUGGAGAGCACAGGAGAUCAUGCCACAGCCUACUCUUACCAGCAGUCAAAAUAACACGAUUGGUAGGAAUCAUCGCUGCAUUGCCUUCAGAAGGACUGCACUGAGGCGCAUGAGACACGGAGAGAAUCAAAAUGAAACAGGGACAAAAAAAAAAAAAAAAAAAAAAAAGACGCGAUAUGGGCAACACUGAGGGGAGAAUGCUUCCACUGUGCACAGGCACCAAAUAAAUGACAAAAUGAAGAAAAAAAAGAUUAUAUUUCUUACCUGGUUGAACCAAGAAAAGAGAAAUGAUGGUUUGCUGUACUCGAGGACAAUGAAAUCAAACACAGUCUGCAACUUUGAGUUUAUCAUUUCUCACUGUGAGACUGGACUUUGCCUCCAAAGGAAAAAGAGAAGAAUCUAAACUCAACCAACAAGCUGUACAGAAAAAAAAGAACAUUUGAAUGUGCAGGUAGAUUUUCAGACUUUUUUAUUAAAAAAAAAAAAAGGAAGGAAGCAAAGUCUAAGGAGAAAAAAACAGAUUGUCUUCCUUUGAUAUUAAGCUACAUUAUUUUCAUUCUUUUUAUUAUUUGAGUAGUUUUUCUAGGAUAUCAAUGUUUUCGUAAAUCUUUAUUGCCUUAAUUUUCUCAAACUUUGGGAAAACAGUUUCCAUAGUGUUGAAUUAUUGAAAAAAAAAAAAAAAACAAGACUGAGUGGUUGGGUGAUUUGAGAGGUUCCUCAGAGUUCCUCAGAGAUGAAAUCUACAAAACUAUCUGUACAGGAAAAAAAAAAAAAAAAAAA